AGCUACUUUGAGACAUAAAUCCUGUGCCUGAUAACAAUAAAGUUUAACAGUAUUCACUGCAUCUGAUGUAGAAAGAGAAUGAUUAGUUGUCUUGGAUAAAAUUAUAUAUAUAAAAAAAUAGUAUAUAGAUACUUUAUACAACACUGCAUCCUACCAUUUCAGGAUGUAUUGAGUGUUAUUUGCAUCUGUAUGAUAAAGAUGUGAAUGACACCACGUGCACAUGCGUACAUAACAUUUGUACACUCUUGGCAGCUUGACAAAUGUAACUAGGUCAAUGCAGAAACAACACAGAUACAUGGGAUUUAAUGAUUUUUGUGAUUGCAUAGUUUAAAGGAGGUGAGGAUCAGGAAGCAUUCAUACUAAAUCUAACACAAGUGAGCCAUGGCAGUCUUUUAUGAUCUUCGGCUGAUGUCUCUGCUUGUGCUGUUGCUGGCGUCUCAGCUGGACUUUGCUAGUGCUGUUCGGGUGUUUGGCUUAUAUGCCAGGGACCUCACCGGUGAUCCUUUUGGAAACUUCCCCGAUCCAUAUGUCAAGCUCUGGUGUGGCUCUGCUUUUGGGGGACAGACAGAAUAUCACAAGGAUAACAUGCAUCCUGCAUGGUCUGCAGUGUUCAACUUCCCAAACUGCAAUCCAUAUGAAACCCUGCAGUUGGAGGUGUGGGACAAAGACCUGAAAGAUGAUGAUCAUUUGGGCACAUGUUACAGACAGGUGGAAUUUGGGACUUUCGCUGUUACUUGUCAUCUGAACAGAGGAACUCUGUAUUACAUGUAUGAGUUGAUACAAUAAAUCUGUUCCAAACAGCUUUGAAACAAACCUCAACUGGAACUACCCCGAUAGGCAUAAAGCUGAACAAUAUGUGCUAACACUUUACAGUACGUUUUCAUUAGUUAGGUUAACAUGAACUAAGAAUGAACAAUACUUCUACAGCAUUUAUUAAUCUUAGUUAAUAAUUUCAUCAUUUACUAAUAAAUUAUUAAAAUCAAAUGU